AUAUCCAGGGGUGGAAUUGCAGGGUCAUAUGGUAAUUCUUUAACUUUUUGAGGACCUGCCAAACCAGCAUUUUCUUAAGAUGCUUGAUAAAUGACAGUUUCCUUCUUCCUCCUUGGACUGUCUCACCUCCCAGAAAUCCCCCCUAAGGUUUUCAUUGACUACGAAGUCCUGGAGGUUUUCCCCAGAGGCCGCACAGUUGUCAUAAAGUGCUACUCAUCCCAGAUGCCUCCACCUAUCACCUACACCCUCUUGAGGAGCCCGGACAUUGAGGUUGACAAGCAAAACGUGUCCACCCGCGACAAGGCCUCCUUCAGACGCAACAUCACGCUCGAGUCCAGGCCAGACCUGCUCACCUACUCCUGCCGGGCGAGCUCCACCUUGGGCAUGAACUCGAACAGCAAGAACCUACAGAUGUACCAGGAGCUGUGGGGUAAUCCCGUGUCCCAGCUGCAGGCUAAUUUCACUCUGCUGGACAGAGGAUCAGACCCCAGGAUAGAGAUUUCCUGCCAGGCCUCGGGCAGCCCACCCAUCACCUACAGCCUGCUCAGGAAGGACCAGCUCAUCUACAUGAAGCAGAGACCGAACUACGGGCAGCCUGCCAACUUCUCCUUCCCACUGAACCAGACGUCGAACUGGCUCCAGUGCCAGGCUGAAAAUGACAUCAAUGUCCAGAGCAGCCCCCUCAGGCUGGUGCCUCCAGGACAGCUACCCCAGGAACCCGCCUUGGUGCUGACUGGCAGCCUCGCUAUCACUGCAGCUAUCAGCUCCUGGAUGCUAGUCCGGACCCAGCUGUCCAGCUGCUUGUUACUGUCCAUGAAGGUCUGGGGAGAGGGUCGUGGUACACUGAAAAGGACCAACUGCACCAACCCAUAG